CUCUUCUGCCUCCCGGCCCUGCAAGGAGCCACAGGCCUGAGUGUGCAACAGGGACCCAAGUUGCUGCAGGGGAGGCAGGGCAGCCAGGUGACCUUGACCUGUCAGGUGGCACAGUCUCAGGCCUGGGAGCAGCUCCUUGUCGAGUGGACCCAGGACAGUGUUGCCUUGUGCCCACCAUACAUCACCAACCGCAACCCCAGCCUGGAGGUCUGAGAGCCUCAGGGAUGACUCUUCUGGUGACCACCUGGCAAUCUGCUGCAGCUGGACCGCGUGACUAUCAACAACAAUGGGAACUACUUGUGCUGGGCAACCAUGGAGAUUCCUGAAUUGUUGGAGGCCAAGGGCGAUGGAGCACAGCUCCUGGUGGACAGGGGUGUGAGAGCAAGUGGGGAGAAGAGGCAGGGACUUGGGACUUCCAGAAUCUUAAGACUAGAAUUUCAAACAGCUGUAAACAUAAGCUCUAAAGAGGCCUACUACCCAACGAACCAGACCCCUGGCUUCCCAGGCCUCUUCAUGCUGCUGGAGGCCGGGGUCAUGACCUUGGCUGUAUCAGGCUGGGCACCCGGCUCUGGGCUCCAGCCUCAAGGACGCAGAAGCAGAGACAAAGCCCCCGGAGCAACACCCUCUGCUGCCCAGCGGGUCCCAAAGAGGACGGAGGCAAGGCCUGUGGAGGGGAAGGGGCUGGACAUCCCCAGGGAGGACCAGCAGGGCCGUCCCUUCCAUUCCACCACUGUCCCCCCACCUCCCAACCCUCGGUGGCAUCUGGCCCCCAAACCUUGCCCAGCCCCAGAAACCCCAUAA